AUCAAAUUGAUUCUUUAAUCAAAUAAAAACUCUAAAAUGAAGCCGAUUGCUGAAAUGACAUUUUGGAUAGGGUGUUUUGUAUACAUUGCUACACCAAUAGAAACUGCAAGGAUCUUGGCAAUUAUUUCAAUACCAUCUUACAGUCACCAAAUUCCUUUUCGACUAUUAUGGACCACUUUGAGCCAGAGAGGGCAUGAAAUCGUCGUUCUAACAACUGAUCCGAUAAAUGAUCCCAAUUUGACCAAUUUGACAGAAAUCAACUUCAAAUCCCAUUACAAUCUGAUUACAAAACUAAAUUUCAUCAAAAAUAUAGGGACAUAUACGUGGAUAAAUAUACUAAACAAACAAUUAUGGCCUCUAUGUAAUGAAAUAACAGAAAACAUUUAUAAGCAUCCGAAAGUACGUAAGAUGUAUGAACUGGAUAGUGAUACAAAAUUCGAUGUAGUAAUUGUAGAAACCAUAAAAUCACCCGGCCUAUAUGCCUUAGCGUAUAGAUUUAAUGCACCUCUUAUAGGUGUAACAUCAACUGGAUUGUAUAAUAAUAACCAUUACCUAUUCGGUGCACCUGUUCUGCCAUCACAUCCUUCGACUUGGGAAAUGCAAGAUACUAUUAUUGAUUUUAAUCUGUCAUUGUGGCAAAGAAUUAAGAAUUUUAUUCGUUUAUGGUAUCACAUAUAUUGUACAUUAAAUCAUUUUUACCCUGAGCAGCAAGCCAUAGCAGAAAAAUAUCUUGGAAAAAAUAUACCGGACAUAAGUGAUAUGGAAAGAAACAUAAGUUUUGUUUUCCAAAAUCAACAAGAAAUUCUUUCAUUUGUUAGACCGCAAACAUCAAAUGUUUUGUCAUUUGGAAAUUUUCAUAUUUCAAAAAAACUCGCGGCUUUACCAGAAAAUUUGAAAGAAUUUAUAACAGAUGCACCGAAUGGAUUUAUCUAUAUGAGUUUAGGCACAAAUGUCCAAAUCUCAUCAUUAUCGAAGCAUGUGCAAAGCAUAUUUCAAGAUGUAUUUGCAAGUUUGCCAUAUAAAAUUCUAUUGAAAUACGACAGCGAAUUACCAAAUAAACCAGACAAUAUCUACAUUGCUAAAUGGUUUCCUCAACAGAGCAUUCUCGCUCAUCCAAACAUUAAAUUAUUCAUAUAUCAAGGUGGUCUUCAAAGCACGGAAGAAGCUGUUUAUUAUGCAGUACCACUCUUAGGAUUACCAAUUCUAGCUGAUCAGUAUACUCAAAUUAAAAAAAUGGUAUCUUUAGGAGUUGCAAAAUGUUUAAAUAUUAUGGAAUUAUCAAGAGAAAAUUUGAAUGCAUCUAUAAUUGAUAUUUUAUAUGACGAAGGGUACUGAUUUUUUCAUAGCAAUCUUGUGUCACAACUUAAUGAAGAUAAACCUUACGAUGUUUUGAAACAUGUAAUUUGGUGGAUUGAAUUCGUCAUUCGUCAUAAGGGUGCUUCUCAUCUUCGUACUAGUAUUGCUCAUGAUCCUUGGUACCAAAAACACGAAAUGGACGUCAUAGCAAUUUUAUCAAUUAUCAUAUUUGUAACGUUAAUUUGCACAUUAAUAGUUAUUUAUAAACUAUUAAAAAUCAUAUUUAAUCUUACAAAAAUAACAGUAACAACCAAG